AUGGGGGAGAAAGAAGACAAAGAAAAGGCGGAGAAGUUGGCCGCUGCGAAGAAGAGGGUUGCUCAACUACAGAAGAAGAAACAGAAGGCAGCAGGCAGCAGUGCAACCGAAAAGUCAAGCAAAGCGAAAGCCACGCCGGCAGAGGCCCCAAAUAAAGAACCGAGCACCGGUGAGACUGCGCCUGAGGCAGAGGAGAACGCUCCAAACCCAGACGUUGUCGCAGAUUCUGUGCCUGAGGAACCAUCAACCGCCCAGGAAGCUAAUGCCGAUUCGCCAAAUGCCGACGAAGAAGCGUUCAACGAGGCGAUUCGGGCAGCGAGCGAGGCGUCUCCUGACCAAGAUGCCGUACAGUCCCCCGCUACGGCCUCUCCUCCUCCCGCAGACCAGGAUGCAUCAUCACCCGGCAAAGGCUCACGGCAUUCGGCGCGGCAACCCAGCGUCAGCCUCCAGAGUAAGAUCAGAAGCACGAGUUUCAGAGACAGUGCGCCUCUAAGCCCCGCAGCGGCAUCUGUGUCGCUGGCACGGGUUGAGGAACUGGAGAAAGAAAACAAACGCUUAGCAAAAGAAGCAGAGGACCACGAAAAGAGGUGGAGGAGAAUGGAAGAAGAGCUGGAAGAACUGCGCGAACAAAAUGCCGAAAAGUCAGCGUCCGCGGGUGUCGACAGUAGUGAGGAAGAGCUAAAGAGGCUACGGGCCGAAAUCGAGACACUACGGCGCAGAAACAGUACUACAAGAAAGGACAGCAACCAUGGCGGAGGCGAUGACCUGACCACUCUGAAGGCGGAGCUGGAAAACAAAGACUCCACGAUCGCUGACAUGCAACUGGAGAUAUCACGGUUACGCAGCCAAUUAUCCAGCGAGACGCAAGGCUCCGCCAGCUACGAAGACCAGGUUGCCGCAUUACAGGCGUCGUUGGCAGCUGCAGAAGCCAAAAUGAAAGCAAUGGAGACCGAGCUGGCGGACGUCAAGAAAGCCUUGUCCAAAGCUAGCGAGAAGGCCGUCAUCGACGGUACCGAACGAACGAGCAAAGAAACCAAAAUCCGAGCGUUGGAGCGAGAGUUACAAGAGACCGUUUCCCAGCGAGACGAGGCCACCAAGAAGGCCGAUCAACUCGAGAAGAAAAUCGAGGCCAUGAACAAGCUGCACAGGGAAGCAGAAUCGAGAAACGCGGCCAAACUCGCUUCUGCAGAGGCUGCGGCCAGAGAGAUGCCGGCGCUCCGUGCCCAAGUGGAAAAGCUUCACACCGAAAACGAAAGACUCAGAGAGAAGCAUAAGCGAACGAUGAGCGGCGAUGCUGGCGGCGACGGGCUGGAUGAAUUGGAAGAUGAAGAACGACAGAAACUGGAAAGAAGAAUUCGAGAGCUGGAAGGACAAGUGUUUGAUCUGCAACGAGGCGUUUGGAGGGACAAGCGGAUCCAAAUGCAACCACGCGGCGAUGAGGGAUCCAGAACUUCCUUGGAUCCCGCUGAGGACUUCGAUGAGGUUGAUCUGUCGGGCUCUGCUCAGGGCAGUCGGAGGAGAAGCUUCGCCAACCCGUUGCAGCAGCAACAGGGCCGGCAUUCUGGAUUCGCGCAGGUCCUGAAUUCUGGGCUGGCCGCUUUCCGUGCGAGCACCACGUCUCCAGUCUCUCAAGCACGGCAUCAAAAUCGACCUCGCAAUGACUCGCUGCUGCAAGAAUUUGACGACGACGCCUUUGACGAAAAUGCGUUUGCACAAGCUCAACGCGAGGAAGAGGCGCGGAAAAUGGUUGAACAUGUCAGAGAAGUCAAGAAAGGGCUGAAGCAAUGGGUGGGUUGGAGAUUGGAUCUAGUCGAUGCCAGAAGGGCUGGAUCUGGCGUUGGCUUUGGGGAGAUUUUCGAGGUAUAG